UGAUUUUGAUUACACGGUUUUAACCAUGAAUCUAACCUCAAAAUUGUUUUACUUUUAAAUAGUGUAUAAAUAGUAAUAUGAAAUAAAAGAAUGUUUAUUAUGACCUAUUACAUAUAUUAUGUUUUAUUACAUUAAUAACAAACUUAAUAUUUUGUUAAGAGUUAACAAUUCACUUUAAAUAUACGUGAAAUAUUAAAUAAAAAUAUGAUUUUACCUUGCGCAGAUGUUGAAGACAUUGAGGACAUAAUAUCCUCGCACGAUGUUACUCCGAAGCAAAGAUUUUCUGCGAAAAAGAACAUCACUGUACGUUCGAAACGUAAAAAGCAAGAAGAGGAAUUACCACAACCUACAAUUUUAUCAAGCAUUAUACCAGGAACACAAAAGAUUUAUGUGAAAACAUGGGGAUGCACUCACAAUAGUUCCGAUAGCGAGUACAUGGCUGGACAACUUGCGGCAUAUGGUUAUCAUUUAACUAACGAUAAGCUCGAUGCAGAUUUAUGGCUUUUAAACUCUUGUACGGUCAAAACUCCUGCGGAAGAUCACUUUAGAAAUGAGAUUGAAUAUGGGAAAAGAAAUGGAAAACAUAUUGUUGUUGCAGGAUGUGUACCUCAAGGCGCUCCAAAGUCUUCGUUCUUAAAAGGAUUGAGCAUGGUAGGAGUACAACAAAUUGACAGAAUCAUUGAAGUAGUGGAAGAAACGUUGAAAGGAAAUACCGUAAAGUUUUUAAGCCAGAAAAAAGAGCAUGGGAAAAAAGUUGGAGGUGCAUCUUUAAGCCUUCCAAAAGUCCGAAGAAAUCCUUUGAUCGAGAUCAUAGCUAUAAAUACUGGCUGUUUGAAUCAAUGUACUUAUUGCAAAACAAAACAUGCCAGAGGCGAACUCGGAAGUUAUCCUCCUGAAGAAAUAAUAGAACGUGCCAAGCAGGCUUUUGAAGAAGGUGUAUGCGAAUUAUGGUUGACUUCAGAAGAUACCGGAACUUACGGUAGAGACAUCGGGACUAGUUUACCUGAAUUAUUAUGGAAACUGGUGGAAGUUAUACCAGAUGGUUGUAUGAUGCGCGUCGGUAUGACCAAUCCACCUUAUAUAAUAGAACAUUUAGACGAAAUGAGUAAAAUUUUAGAUCAUCCGAAAGUUUACAGUUUCUUGCAUAUACCCGUGCAAUCUGGAAGCGAUCAGGUAUUAUCUGAUAUGAAAAGAGAAUACACCUGCACAGAUUUCGAACUCGUUGUAAAUUUUUUGCAAUCAAAAAUUCCAAAUGUGACCAUAGCAACAGACAUAAUCUGUGGUUUUCCAACAGAAACGGAGAAUGAUUUUGAAGAAACUAUGAAGCUGUGUAACAAGUAUAAAUUUCCAAGUUUAUUUAUAAAUCAAUUCUUUCCAAGACCUGGCACACCAGCGGCUAGAAUGCCUAAAGUGCCUCCGCAACAAGUUAAAAAAAGAACUAAAAGAUUAUCGGAAUUUUUUCAAUCUUAUCAACCUUACAACCACAAGAUUGGAGAAAUACAGAAAGUAUUAGUAACUGAAAUAUCUCACGAUAAAUUGCAUUACGUUGCACACAAUAAGUUUUACGAACAAGUUUUAGUUCCUAUGAAAGAAGAAUAUUUAGGCAAAAUGAUAUCUGUUAAAAUCGUACGAGCCACUAAACACUCGAUGGAAGGUGAACCAAUAAGCGGAGAGUCUUGUUUUCCACAACGCGUAUCUUCAAUAUCAUUAAUAUCUGAUAAUAAAAUAUCUAGUGAUACAAUGAAACUUAAAAUAAUAAUAGGGAUCUGUUUUGCCUUGAUAGCUAGAAUUUUAUGGAAAUUUUUGAUCGUGUGAGCUUUGUAAAUAGAAAAAGAAAAAUAUUCUAUUUAAUUGUUAUUUUUAUAUUUCCAUACAAAAAAGAAAUAAUAAUAAAUAAACGAUUAAUACGAUAAUAAACGAUUAAAGAGA